UACUGUGCAUUAAUUAAUACAAUCAUUUGCGAACCAUAUGGUUGUAUCUUCUUUACUGUGAAUAAUCUAAACUCCUACUGUACAUGCUUGGAGAGGAGGAAAUGUGAGAUUAAGUUGCAACAUGUGACUUAACCAAUAGAUGUUGCUAAAUCCUUCAAACUGCACCUUUUUAAAAUGAUCAUGAGCACGUUCUUCAACCAUGAAACCCAGAUAAGAGCAUGACACAGUGAGAAUCAGGCAGCUGCUGUGUUGUACACACGCAGUAAACUACGUAGAGAGCCUGUCAGAGUGAACGCUGACAACAGGAGAGGACAGAAAAGAGAGAAAUACCCGUCCAUGGCCGGUAGGAAAACUACAUCAGACACAUUUUUUACCUUAUACACUGGAUUUAUUUUCUUUUUUUUGUGUGUGUGUGUUUCUUCAGAACAGGCGUUACUGUUGGCUGUCGGCCUGUCUGUGAGCCUUCUGUCACUGCUGCUGCUUGGUCUGAUUGUAUGUUACCUGUGGAGGAGGAGGAGGAGGAGAGAGCAGGGUCAGUACGAGGAGAUGCCCUCCACGGUGCCUUCAGUCCCGACACACUCUGCCCCGGCGAUCCUGGUCUCUCAGUGCACCUGGACCAUGCCGGGUGAGAUCCCUUUCACUGUGCCUCCUCGCCUAAUGACACAAAAGCAAGGUGAUCUGACGGCAGAGGAAACGGAUGAGACGGAGAUGAAGAUGAAGAUGAAGCUGGAGACUCAGCGGGACAUACUAGCUCAUCGUGGAUCACUCUCAGUAAGGAGUUGGUAUCCAGUGGGGACGGUGCUUGCUGGUCUCUACUCCGUUCCUCCUCUGAACGAAGUGGCGGCCCCUCCACCGGGUAUGGCCACCCGCCUCUGCUUCUCUGUGGAGUACCGACACAGUGGGGAGCAGCUCAUGGUCACAUUGUUCCGCCUGGGCAACCUCCCUCCACGGUUCCACAGCAAUGUGACACUGGUGGAGCUUCGGCUUCUGCCUGACGACCGGCGGCCACGACAGGCCAAGGCCCGAGGCACGGGCCCUGACCCGGAGUUCCACGACUGCUUCAUUUUCCAGGUGUCGGGAGUGUGCGUUCCUCAGAGCACCCUGAGCGUGUGUGUGCUCAGUGUGGAUCAGGACGGGAAACGGCAUGCAGUGGGCAGGGUGCUCUUCCCUCUUGAGGGUGAGCUGGGUCAGGCUGGACGGGUUCUAUGGAGAGACCUGGACACAGAGGAUGACACGCAGUGCUCAGAGCUGGGUGAUGUGCAGGUGUCUCUCAGCUAUAGUCGGACUCUGCAGCGCCUCACUGUGGUGGUUUUAAGGGCUCGGGGCCUUCAGCUGCUCACAGAUGCAGGUGUGUUUGUGCAGGUCAGCUUGCAGAUACACACUCAGGUGGUGAAGGUCAAGCGCAGCUGUGUGGUAAGAAGGGACACCGACCCGCGCUUCGACCACAGGAUGACAUUCAAACUUCGCUCACAGCACUUGGAUGAAGCCUGUGUGAGCUUUGAGCUGCAGCAGCUAAAUGACGUCAACUCAGAGUCUCCGGUCCUCCUGGGUGUUCUGGUUUUAGGUCCCUUCAUGUACGCCAGGGGCCCACAGCUGCAGCAGUGGAUGGACAUGGUCAACACGCCACAGGAGCCAGUUGAGCUGUGGCACAGACUGAGCAGGGCUACCUAACACCUGAUUCACACACGUGAUGAAUAAAAUAAAAUAAAAUAAAAUAAUUUAAAAAAAAAAACAACUACUGACCAAAUGCAUUGUUUUCAAAGCUCUAAUUAAGCAAGUGAAGGAAUUAAAGUGGGAGAACAAAAACCUCAACUUUAUCCUUAGGAGCCAUAAACAUCAUAUUAUGCAUUUAUAACCUUUACUUUUUUGUGUGUUUGUUACCUUCCUCACAAAAAAAACUUGUGUGAAUAUCUGUUUGUGAUCAGCGUGACUAAAAACAGAAAAGCUAAAGGAAAAUG